AAAAAAAAAAAAAAAAACAAAAAAAAAAGCAAAAUUUCUUUUCCAAAUGUACGUUUAAAAUAUGACGAUUUAGCCACUCGAGACAGAGUUCCACCGAGCUUAGCAGAUUGCCAUAAAAUAGGCCAGAGAAGAUCGGCAAUAUGACGCCAAUACUAGUGCUGCUCCUCCUCUACAUCAUUCUGGAUGUCAACUAUUUUAUUCGCUGUGCAUUCACGCUGCUGAUGGUGCACCUGAACCAAGACAAGCACGCAAUCACGGAGACGACCAGCAUCUUUGGCAUAUGCACGCCACAAGAUGCGGACAUCUUUCUGCGGCACAUGAACAACGCACGAUAUCUGCGCGAGCUGAACUUUGCGAGUAUUCAUUAUUAUGUGGUAACCGAUCUGUUCCAUUUUGUGCGUGAGAGGGGCGGCUCAAUAGUGCAAGGCGCCGUGAUGCUGAGAUAUCGACGCUAUAUACCAAUCUUUCAUCCGUACAAGAUCGAGACGAAACUGAUCUGGUGGGACGACAAAUCCAUGUACUUUGAGCAACAAUUUAUCUCCGCCUGCACUGGAUUCGUACACGCCGUGGCCAUCUCCAAGCAUCAGUUCAUCGAUUUCAAUGUUAUCGAUUUGCUGAGCUCUUACCCCGACAUUGCAAAUCGGCCGGAAAUGCCCGAUGAUCUAAGGCUCUGGCUGGAGGCCAACGAUGCCUCGAGUCAAAAACUAAAUACAAGGGGCUCUAUGGAACAGGAAAAUUUUUACGAUUGUCGAGCAUCUACUUAGUAACCAUUUGAUAGAUUAUCGCCAUCGUCGAAACAAACACAAAUUCUUACAGUUUA